GCCACAAAAACUGGACUGAAAAUGGACUUCUAAUGAGGCACCUACAAUAGAAGUGAAUGGGGCCAAUUAUUGGAGGAUUUAUAAGUAGAAAUGUGAAGCUUAUAAUUUUAUAAAAUCAACUAACAUUAAUUAUUCUGUUAAACACUGUUGUUUGUAUAUUGUUUGAGCUGUAAAGCUGUUUAAAGAUUUUUGUAAUUGAUGAUCAGAUGCCAGCUUUGUUUUUGGAUUCAACACUUGUCUUAUCUCCCUCUGCCCAGGCAGUGGAUGUAGACAUCAAUGCUUCUGUGCAGUGUUAUUUACACAGGGGCCUGAGGGGCACAAUGCAGUGAGAUGCUUUGUGUUAAUGCAUCUAAAAGUACAUCACAAAGGCCAGCCAUCAAGCAGUCAAACCAUUGUUGGUGAACAAGUCUAUUGACGGCAUCAGACUCUCAUUUUUGGGGGGCGGACGUCAGCGGCCUUUAAAUACACAGGGAUCAGGCUGCUUCUCUUCAUGUACAGGGUGAAGGAUGAAGAUGGACAAUCACACUCUCUACACUCUGUUUCUAAUAGUGAGUUUUCAUGUCAUCUCGAUCUGGAGUGACGAUGAGGAGGUUCUUUCAUGUCCAGAGCACCAGCAGGCCUUUGAGAGCUCCUGCUAUGAGUUUGUGGCUCUGCAGCGCAGUUUCCUCAGCGCUCAGGCUUGGUGUGAACGGGGUGGUGGGCACCUGGCCUUCAUCCUGAAUGAUGAAACCCAACAGUUUCUCCAAAAACACCUGCAGGCGGAGCAGGACUGGUGGAUAGGACUCGCGCCUGCUUCCACCAACCUCACUCUGGACUCUGCUGCCACUGAAGGUCCCUUGUCCUGGUUGGAUGGUUCGGAUGUUAGUUAUUCCAACUGGCUCCAGGAGCCCUCCCUGAACGCAUCCUGUGGCUACCUCAGAAGAAAUUCUGGAUUUCAGUGGGAGACCACCAGUAACUGUAGCCAGGAGCUCUACUUCAUCUGCGAGUUUGAGUCUGGGCGCUCUUUAGCCUGCGCAGAUCAUAACGCUACGCUUCAGUGUGGCUCCGGUCAAGUGAUAGAGAUUGAUGACAGCUUCUAUGGCAGGAAGGCGGUGCAUUAUUGCAGGCCCAGCCACGCUCCCUCACAUGCAUCUCCACUGCAGGACGAGUGUAGCUGGGUGGAUAUAGUAGACACUGUGUCAGAGCACUGCCACGGGCUGCAGGUGUGUCAGGCGGCUGCCGAUAUAUCAUCUUUUGGAGAGCCGUGCCCUGCACUGGGAAGCUACUUGUCAGUGGAAUAUCAUUGCAAAGAUGCUCUUCAUCUGCUGGUGAGCAAACUGGCUGCUGUCUUUGACAACAUUACCAUCACAGUGAAGUGGUUGCUGCAUCCAUUUCAAGGCAACCUCACAUGCACUAUGAAUGCUGGGGACGGACACAUCAUUGAUAAUUACAGUCCAGAGGAGAUGGAGAAUGUGGUCCAUAAGUACAGUCAUGCUGGAGUAUACACUGUGGCAGUAGAGUGCAGUACUAGUGAAUGGCAUGUGACAGCCCACAAGAGCAUCACUAUCCAGGAACCUCUUGGAGAGUUUGGGACUAUAAAGUGCCACAGCAUGAAUCAAUCCACAGGCUAUAAGAACUGCGAAGCACUUUAUAAUAACCCUCUGAAAAUCCAAGUGGAGUUAGAUGCAGGAACAAAUGUAACCUACAAAAUUCAGCAUAGAAAUACAGAGCUGGUCUCCGCAUCUGCUAUCAGAGGGAUCGUUCCCCAGAACAUCACUGUAUCUCCAGAGAUACAGCAGCAGCUAGGACCAGGCUGCCACCAGCUUACUAUUGCGGCUCUCAAUGCGGUGACGGCCAUAGAUGUCUCCACCGUCCUGGAGCUUUGCUUGGUGGAGCCAGUGGAAGGCCUCAUAGCGGACGUGGAACUUGAGCAUGAGCAGUGUCCAGUCCAUGCCCUCUCUGUCAAUGUGACUCUGGCUCGGGGGGCUCCAGUGCGACUGCAUUUCCUGGUGUCUGGAGCCAAUCACACCUCCUCUGAGAUGCAUGAGAUGCUGCAUGGAGGUCCACAGGUUUUCCUCAUCUCAAACACAAUGCAAGGCAAAUUAAAUGUUGUGGUCAGAGCAGAGAAUUCCUUCUCAAGCAUGGAAACGGACGGUGGAAACACAACAGUUUAUUGCUACAAUGAAACAGUGACCCAACAAGAUGGAGAUACAAUCGGUGAGCACGUGAGAAUCGCCAGAGCCAAUAAUCUGCACAUCACUGUAGAUCCAGAAGUCCCGGUCAUCGGCACGACCAGCGUCAAGCUAUAUGUUGAUGGACUGGAAGAUGACAACACUAUCUGGAAAUGCAGUGAAACUUGCCCCUGUCCGGAUGAAGUGAAAAAUAGAGAUUAUGAGAUACCGGCAGCUUGUCUUCCACCAGUGUACAGUUUCUCAGUGUAUACUGUACAUACUAAGUCAAGUGGUCAUUCAGAAUCUGGAACCAGAUGCAUCACUGUCAUUCCUAGGGAAAAUAUGAAGCUCACUCUUACCUGUUCCAACUGCAAUCCAGUGAACGUUGCUCACAGUGUUACGCUACAGGUGCAGUGUGAAGGAUGUCAGAAAAUUGUUUGGUACUUGGAGAACACUAAAGAUUCUACUGGAUUGAUAAACCACUGUUACUCCGAGUCAGUGAAAAAUCCAUUGAUAUGGCAGGCAGAGGACAGCAGCUCUUAUAACAUAGAGAGUGACACACUACGGAAAGCGAAGCAGGACAUCACCGUGGUGGUUUAUGGUACCAAGGACAGCUUAUCUGGAUCUGCUAGAUACACUGUUCCCAUUGUUAGUGCAUCCAAUACUGAGGACUCAACAGUAGUCCUGCCGAUUUUGCCGACCACUUUGCCUCCAUCUUCUCAUACUACUGACAAAUCACUCAACUCUGCAGCGCCCCCUAUCGUCUUGCGUCCACCCUCCUGCAUCAUUAGCCCUCCUGUGGGUGAUGUUCUUUCUCCCUUUAAGAUUAGCUGCUCUGUGGAUCCAUCUUUCUGUACAGCUGGGCCCUGUGUGUUCUGCUUCAAAACUGCCAGUGGUAAUUAUUUAUACUGUGGCUCUGAGCCCACAGUGGAGUCGCUUUAUCUCCCUCUAGGGAAGGCACAUAACAACUACAGUCUGAUGGUGGACAUCACUGUUAAGAACGCAGCAGGCGAUACUGCUGACACUACUGUAACCACUUGGGUAAAGGACACCAGUACUAAGCACACAGUUGGAGAUCUUCAGGCACUGGUUUCCAAUCAGGUGUCUCAGCUACAGCAACAAGGUCGACUCAGUGGGGCAGCGCUGGCACAGAUGUUCAAGACUGUAUCUGACAGACUGAAUGAUGCAUUACCUGAAGAACAGCAUGACAGUGUCAAAAAAGAGCUGAGACAACAGAUGUUGCUGAGUUUGAGUGUUGCCACAAGCUCCAUCCCCCCAAAGAAUCCAACAGAGGUGCAGAUGAGUGCUAAUGUGGUUGCAGGCCUUACCACACAAGGUCAUGAGCUGACAGGCACUGCGCAGUUACAGGCAAGUUCUCUGCUCACAAACCUCAGCAAGUCCCUAGUCUCUUUGACGCAUUCUGGUGAGGAGUCCUCUGAGCAGAUACUGCAAGCAUCAACGCCAAUAGUUCAUGCUGUUAGUAACAUCAUCAAAGUUUCCUCCAAUACAUCUGAACAGAAUGAGAUCUCUAGUCAUAUACUAAACACUGUGGACAAUGUUCAGAGUGCAUUGUUGGCUGGGAAAAAGGUGAACCAGGAGCCCAUCAUACUGAGCACUUCAGUUUUUGGUUUAUAUGUCAACAGAAUUUCAUCAGAUGGUCUUCAAAAUCAGCACUUUAACAUUCAGAAGAACAGCUCUGCCAGUUUUAUGCUCCCGUCUCUUGGCUCUAAUGUUCUGUCUGCAGAUGAACCAGUAGAUGUACGGAUGACAAGUUUUGGAAUAAAUCCAUUCUCAUGGUGUGAGGGUGACCGUAUCAGUGGAUCAGUGGGGUCUCUUUCUCUUACCAAAAUGAAUGGCUCUGUGAUUCCAGUGGCAAAUCUCACUGAGGAGAUUGAGAUUCUCCUACCAAGGACGGAGAUGGCAGAGGUUAACCAAACUCUUCUGGAAUUGGGAAACUUCAGCACUGUGGUCAUUAAUGUGACUUCACCCAAUAUAUCUCUGGUUUUCAAGUUAGACCCCUCAGAGGAGACCCCUCUGCAGUUGCUCCUGGGUUUUCAGGACUACCCUAAUGAUACAUAUUAUGAGGCUCAGAUCCAACUGCCUCAAGGGGGCAACUCUGAAGAGGAGAGGUACACAUGGGUGCUUAACCCUAUGGAGAUGAGAGUAGAAGUAGGCGUUUACUAUCUUCUGGUGAGGCCUGUUGUUGGUGCAGGGGUGAAUUCGACAAAUGCCUCAGUUUUCAUCACAACCAUUGCUGCCUACUGUUUGUAUUGGGAUGAGACGAAGGCCAACUGGAGUGGUGAUGGCUGUAGGGUUGGCCCUCGUACUACUACAUUGAUAACUCAAUGCCUAUGUACCCAUUUGACCUUCUUUGGAAGCUCUUUCUUCGUAAUGCCCAAUGUGGUUGAUGUAUCCCGCACUGCUGAACUCUUUGCCACCUUCGUCAACAACCCAGUGGUGGUGUGUUUUGUUGGUGCCAUUAUCCUGGCUUACCUGUUGGUUGUGAUGUGGGCACGAAGAAAGGACAUUCAGGAUGCAGUCAAGAUGCAGAUGCAGGUGAAGGUCACAGUACUUGAGGACAAUGAUCCCUUAGCUGAAUAUCGUUACUUGUUGAGUAUCAACACAGGACAUCGUCGUGGGGCCUCCACCUCUUCUCAGGUGACAGUGAUUCUACAGGGAACAGAGGGAGAGAGCGAACCUCACCAUUUGACUGACCCCGAAAAGCCAGUGUUUGAAAGGGGAGGACUGGACAUGUUCUUGUUGACCGCACCUUUCUCACUGGGAGAGCUACAAAGUAUCAGGCUGUGGCAUGACAACUCAGGACAGCAUCCUUCUUGGUAUGUUAACAAAGUAAUGGUACAGGAUCUGGAGACUGGGCAGAAGUGGCACUUCCUGUGCAGCUCGUGGUUGGCCGUUGACUUGGGAGACUGCACACUAGAUAAAGUUUUUCCUGUUGCAACGGAGAUGGACUUAAAAAGAUUUAGUAAUUUGUUCUUCAUGAAGACUGCAAAAGAUUUCCGUGAUGGUCACAUCUGGUUCUCUGUAAUCAGUCGUCCCCCAAGUAGUAAUUUCACACGAGUACAGCGUGUCUCCUGCUGUUUUUCGCUGCUGCUCUGCACCAUGUUGACCAGUAUCAUGUUCUGGGGUAUCCCGUCAGACCCCUCGGAGCAGACCAUGGACCUAGGUCAGAUUGAGUUCACCUGGCAACAGGUCAUGAUUGGCAUCCAAAGUUCCAUUAUCAUGUUUCCUAUCAAUCUCCUUAUUGUGAGCAUCUUCAGAAAUGCUCGUUCAAGAGAGCAAAAGCCUGAAUCGUCUUCAAAGCAGCAAUCAAAGAUAGAUCCCACAAAGCAAGGCAAAACUGGGCGUGUGUCUCCGAAUCAGCCUUCACACUAUAAUCACAAGGAUAUCACACCUGACGCUGUGAUAAAGGCAAGUCCUACUCAAGAAUUUGACCCAGCAUAA